CACACCGAAUUGGUCCUUUGGAAAUUCUGGAGUGAAAGAAGUGUCGUAUGGUGCAAGAUCAGGAUCAAACCUUAUAAUCAUAUUCGUUCGUGCUUCGACUUGGCUGACCAGCUUUACAGGGUGCAGUCGGGCGCCUUCUGGUACGUAGACUUGGUCGUGAUCAUGGCCGGCUAGUCAGUCAUCCGAAUGUUCAUAAUGGAGGUAAAACCAGAAGUUCAGCCGGAUUCCUUGGUCGCGCUAAUUAUGAGUGCUGUAUCAUGUAUCCUAGCAGCUGAUAUUAUUCUUUGCAGGCCUCAAAUCAAGCCUACAUGGCCAAUUUCUACACCCAUAGCUAAUCAAGCAGACGGGUCCAUAGACGGCAGAGGUUGGCUACGCAGGCCUAGUCCGAGAUAUGCAGAGAGAAAUAUCGGCUGCCGGGAUAGUCAGCCACGGCGUUUAUGGCUAGCAGGGCCAGUAAAUACGCUUGAACUUAGCAUAGAAUGCCUAAGGAAAGCAGGCUCGGUCACUUCGUUACGCCAGCUGUGAGAGCAGUAGUGAACUAUCCUAGCAUCCGGGAUUGCUUGCUACAUAUCUCGGGGUGACUCUACAUGGUUAGUUAUUGCGG